UUAAGGAGCUUUCGUGCAGUGCUGCUUGGCUGCUGCUCAGGGCUGGCUCUCUGCUCUGUGUGCGCUCGGCGAGACAGCGCCGAGGACCUCCAGUGUUCUGUGCUGUUGCAGUCUCCUCUACGUCGGCAUUUAUCAACACCGGUCCUACAAUGUCAGGUAAAAAGGGAAAAAAGACCAAAGGCAAGACAAUAACCCUUCAAGUUUUCUUGGGGGAUACACCACCAGCAGCUCCUGCACCAGCAAAGUCGAGCUCAAAUUGGAAUAGUAGUAGCAACUGGGCUGAUGAUGAAGAAGAUGAUUAUGGGGGAUAUACUUCAAGGCCAAAAGAACCCAUUGUAUUGCCAACAGCUCCCAGAUCUGCUAGAGAUGCCAGUAUAAAUGAAGAGAACAUCCCAACACAACCACCGUUUGUAGCAUAUAUAUCUAAUUUACCUUAUGACAUAGAUGAUGAUGAUAUGUUAGAUUUCUUCAAAGACAUGAAUGUUGCCAAUAUGCGUCUCCCAAAAGAAACAAAUAUGAUGAAAGGCUUUGGCUAUGUGGAAUUCGAAGAUAGACAGUCGUUGAUCGACGCUCUAUCCAUGCCAGAUACGCAUUUAAAGUCGCGAAGGCUAAGAAUCGAAGUGUCGAGCCGCAACAACGACGAACGUCGCGGGCGAAUGGGCCGAAUGGGCGACGGUCACCGCGACUACAGCGAAGAUCCUGAGCGCACAAUGGGUGACUGGCGUAGUGCCAGAGCCGCACCGGCCGACGACGGUGGCGAUGAAGACCGCGACAGAGGUUAUCGUAGCCGCGGAGGAUUCGAGCGAGGCGGUGGCCGAGACAACGGCUUUGAAAACAUGAAACCUGGAGCGUGGCGCAGCGCUCCUCGCGAGCUACCAGACAGGGACAGCAGACCACCUCCGUCUUAUAGGGACAGAGCCUCCAUCGGUGACAGCGAGCGUGGGGAGCGCGACUGGAAUAGGUUCGCCGACCGCGGUCGAGGCAUAAUGGAGAGCAGAGACCGGGACGGCGAUCGAACCGGAGACAGAGGUGGCUUCGGGUCCAGGCGUCACUAUGACGACAUCGAGAAAGAGAAGGAGCGAUGGGUUAAUCUCAGGAGCGCGCCGCGAGAGCCAUUGCCUUUGAGGGAAUCAAGGGAGCCGAGAGACUCGGACAGGGAGACCGAGUCCGCUGCCCCAGCGACCAGACCCAAGUUGGCUCUGCAACCCCGCACCAAGCCCGUGGAGCAGGCUGCUGCUAGUGCUGAUGCUCCGGGCACGGAGGACGUAGUCGCCGCCGCACCCAAUAUUUUUGGCUCGGCCAAGCCUGUCGAUACUGCUUCCAAGGAGCGCGAAAUUGAGGAGCGGCUGGCUAAGAGUGCCGAGGCUCGCUCCAAGGAAGACAUCGAGAAACGAAGCGCUCCACCAAAGGAAGGAGCCUGGAGCCGGCGAAACGGCGAGGGUCGCGAUGAAAACCAGGAGAGGAGUAGGCCUGCCUGGAGAUCGGCGGACGAUCGCCAGCCCAAGUCAGAUCCGCACGACAGUGGAGACUCUAGAGAUCCCAGAGAUCGCACAGAAUCGCGGAACGACAGAAGUGGAUCGAGAGGACCACCCAACAGCCGUAACGCGCGUCCUUCCUCCAGAGGGCCUCCCAAAACUGAUGACGUUCGAACUCUUGAAGAAAGAGAGAGAGAUGAACUUGCAAGAAUGCCCAAAGCUAAAGAGAACACAUCUCCAAAUUUCAUAGCGUCCAAUAAGUACUCGAUGUUACCGGACGAUGUUGAUCCUGAUAACAUUGAUAAUAUUGAAGAAUAAAUUAUGAUUCUGGUAUUUCACGGCCGAAUUUGAGUAAAUUGGCCGUGACUGUUGAAAACGACAGAAGAAAGCGGUAGAGAAUAAGCGCAUUCUACAAUUAAUAUCAACUUUUGUAAACUUUAGCAAAGUUAAUUCUUCAGAAUGAUUUUGUAAAAUCUAUGAGGAUAUUUCCUGGAUUUCUGGAAUUAUUAUCAAGACUUUUUACUGAACAUAAUUUUACUUAAAAAUGGUUAUGCGUCUUGUCAAAUAUAUAAAAAAAUCUUACCGAAUUUAAUUUUCGUAUUUUGAAAUGAUCAUCACUGCACUUUUAUAUACAUUUGAAAAAAAACUUGGAAUUGAAUAAUGAAUACAAACAAGUCGUUUAUCUCGAGA